AUGAGUAGCAGUGGGACCAAAGAGCCGUCUCCCCAGCCGAGCACUGCCCUGUCACCUCCUGAGCCUCAGCGCAGGGGCCGGGGCCGGCCACGCAAACAGCAACAGGUACAACUACUUAAGUCUAAGUGAGAGACAUUUGGUUAGCCGCACACUGGACAUUGGUGUGUCUGUGUCUCCUUGCUGCAGGAUUUAAUGCUUGUAACUGUUUAGGUUUUGCCUCCAUAUUUGAUCCAUCUUUCUCUACAGGAGCCUGUUGGCCCACCAACUCCAAAGCGACCGAGAGGACGGCCGAAGGGCAGCAAGAACAAAGGCCCCAAAACUGCACUGAAGGUUGUACCUGAUCAAAGUAUCUUGCAUAUCAAAUUUUCAUCUCAGUCUCGCAUCAUUUCAGGUCCACUGUUAAUCACUCAUCAGCCAAAGCUUGAUUUAUCAGGCUCAAUCAGUGCUCAAAUGUUGUAAAGAUCAAAUGUUGUAAUGUUAAAAAUGUAUUAUGAAAUGGAAAUCAUCCAAAAUGAAUUUAGACGUAUUUUUAACAUCCAGCUUUAGUUGAAAUAACCUCUACCUCAAAUCUUAUAUGUUAAUUACAUACUGUAAAUGAUUUAAACAAGUUCGCUUUUCCUUUGUAUCUGCAUUAAAUCAACUCAAAAGUUUUUAAUGCAGCAUAAAAUGCAUCAAUUUAUGUGUAGAAUGCUAAUAGUCAGUGGUUUAAAGGGCAUGUAUUAGGUGUAAACAGCAAAGAUGAGGUGUUAUUAAAUCACUGCAACAGUUAUGUCUCAGGCUGCAGCCUUGACUCAGAGAUAGACUGGUCAGUGUAGAAACAGCUGUUGUCAUUUGGAGGAGUGACUGAAUAAGCCAUGGAGAAAGUGGUCUGAAAUGUUAGAGUACAGUGAAAGAAAAUAAAGAUUUAAUGAACGCCACAUUGACAUUUAUGCUGUAUGUUUCACACAUUUUUAAUGCAGUGAGUUUCAGGGAAAUGGUCACAUCCCUCUUCAUCAAAUCUUUGAAGAGAAUCUUUUAGCUACACAGAUUAAUGGAUCAUGUCUUAUAAAAUUUGGCAUCAAAAGUGUAUCAGGUAGUUUAAAAUGAGCCUCACCUAACCAAUCAAGAUGCAGUAAAGUUGAUUUGCUUCCAUGUAAAUGUAUCUAUGAAACAAAGUGGGUCAUUUUAAGUGCUCCUGUCAAACUAAAUUUAUUAAAAAAUGUUUGGAAAAUAGCAAUAUUCACCAAAUUAUGUACAACCUUGCAAAAGUAGCUCAGAAAUUUUUUAAUUUUAUUUAUAUUAUCAACGAGUCUCAUUGCUUCACUUUGCAAAGAAGGAUCAACUUUGUCAUGCAGCAGGUGCCCCAGUUUUCCAUGUGUUGUGUCUGCAGCGACUGACCUCAAAUUUACACUUUGCAACAGGUUUCUAGCAGUAAUGAACUAUUUUCCAGCACAUCUUCAGAAUCUUAUAACAUCUAUCAGCUUUGCAACCCACUUGAAGUGCAGCUAUGACUGCCCCAGUUUGUCAGAAAUGCUGCUGCUCACAGAAUUUUCAUAGACUUUGUGAGUUCAUUUGUUUUUAUUCUCUAAUUUUGUCAGACAGAUUUUAGAGGGUAAAAGUUUUAUUUGUCAAUUCUGUAGGAUUUCCAUAAAAAUCUAGAUGUUUAAAGAAACUGCAAAUGAAUAUGUAAUCUGCAGUGGAUACACAAUAAUGUGAAUCAGACCUGUGCGUUAAUGCAGUCAGGUUAGUUCUCUAAGCUUUAUUAGUAUAACCUCAGAAGCGAUUAAACUGCUACAUCAAAUCAGUGCAAGAUAUCUAAUGCAUGUGUCAACACAUUUCAGUGUAUUUACACUAUAAUGUCAAUAUUGUUCUAUUAACUGCUUAAAGCAGGUGUACUGUGACUAUGAUAGGGUUUUGUUUGGCUUUUGCAUAGAAAGGAUUUAAACAGCUUAACAAAGGCACAUGCUGAUGUUAAAAUAAGGGAUGAUUUGGCCAUGAAAACUUGGUUUCUGUGCCUGUUCAUCACUGAGACUCAUUGACAAUGACUGAGCAAGACUUAAAAUGAGGGUUUGUAAAAUAAAAGCAAAUUAUUGCCAUUUCUUUUUUCUCAAGUUUGAAGUAGUAAACUUAUGGACUGUCCUUGUAAGUCUGCAGAAGUUAAGAAUUUGAAAAUGGUCUCUAAAAAAAGUCUUAUAUCCAAAUGUAAACUUAUGAACCCCUAAAUUUAGUUUGUGAUCAAUUUGACAAGUAAAACUCUGACACUUCCUUUAACUUUUUUUGUGCUCUUUCUUAGAAAGUAGAGCCUGUUGGGAAACGACCACGUGGGCGACCGAGGAAAUGGGUAUGGAGCAGUCGUUGACAGUUAGAGACAUAAUGGAGUUAAUUGUAGAUGUAUGUGUGAGGCCUCCAGAGUGUCUGCUGGAGUCUGUGCAGUCUUUUAGGGCAGCUCUUCCUUCAGGUUUAAUUAAUUCUGUUCUCUUUCUGUCCGCAGCCCCAGAAAGUAGCUCAAGAAGUGACUGAAGAGCAGCAGGUGAGGAAAACCAAAUCUUUAACGGGUAGUAGGGUGGUCCAGUUUUGGUUUUCAUGUGGUGUUUCAGGUUUCUACGACAGAAAAACAACCCUGGUUUUGCAUAUAUGGUUGUGUGGUUCAAAUGAAUGAAAUAAGGAUGAUGUAUAAUAUAAACAGAAUAUAUCUUUAAAACUUCUGAAAACAAGCUGAACUCGCACCUUUGAACCUUUGUAGACAUUCAAUGCUUUUCACCUCUCAUCAUGACCUCUUUUAUUUUGCACUAAACUGAAGCUAACAUCAUUUUGAGCUUGCAUGACUGAGAGGAGACGAAGCGCUGAUUCAGUUAAACAGAAAUCUCAUUUUGUGUCACACCUAAUAUGACUCACAUUCAUGAGAUGUCUCAUUUGACUCUCCGUGAGUUUAAUAAGUAUCAAAACCUAAACUGUACAUGAAAACCCUUCAGUUAUUGUGCUCAGGUAACAAACAAACAACGACCUUCAUGAGUCAAGUUGCUCCACUUCUUUGUACUUUGAUUUUUCACUCAGUUUCCAACUCAUGAAACAUGCUACCAGAGAAGAUUUUUAAAUAACAAACCCAGACUUAGUGAUGAUAUAAAAGCCAAGGUCAGCCCUCUUGUCUUUUUUCUUUGCCAGUAUCUUAAGACCACAAGUUAAAUAUUUAAUUUACUCUCAAGACAAAGAGAGUCAUCUCAAGAUAAAGACUUGAUAUGAUGAGAAAACAGGAGUUUCUUUAAUGUUUAUAAUGUAAAAAGGAAUCAGGGUUGCCAGGGAUACACAAGGGUGUUUACUGUUUAUUGUGACUGAUUUCUGCCGAAUAUGCUAACCUAAGGACAACAUAAUACUGAUCUACAUAUCUGAAUGUAGUUUAAAAUAAAGGCAGAAUAUUCAGUUUUGAUAUUUGGGGAAAUUAAGUUUUUCUAUCUUGAAAUAAUAUAAAUAAUUGACCCGUGCUCUGGAGAUAACCACAUCAAAACUUGCGUGUUAGCACUGCUGCACAGAGGGAGAUAAAAUACUUCAUACUAAAAUCUUAAAAAGGAACACAAUAAAGUUAAACCCUCAUGAAGUGAUUAUGUGAAGUGAAAUGUACAGAACUCUGUUUUCUGGCUUUAAUGAAAGCAGUUAUGAAGGACGAGAAACUUGAGGAGAGAACGAAGACUCAAAAUGAAAGUCUCACAACAACCUGAAGCUUUACAAAGAUCUCAGGUUGGUAGGUUAAGAUUCAAUAGUCGAUGCAAUAUCAUCUGUACAAAUCCUGAUAAGACUUAGAUAAAAUCAUUCACUCUUAACGAUUCGACACGUUUUGGUGAUAACAUCCAGAUCCAACACAUUUUUAAAUCCCUCUAUAUGAACUGUUCAUUCGUAAGUUUAUCUAGUAACGGAGUAGGAUGUGACUCUGUCUUCCCUUAAGGCAAAUUUGCAAUAGCCAUUUUAUUUAAAGAGUCUAGCAUGUCUUAGUAGAAAACCAGUAGUUAAAACUCAUCUAGCUGUUGUUUAAACUAUUCCAGCUCCAGCAAACUAACAAACACAUCAUUGCGUUGAAUUCAACAUAGAGAGCGACUACUGGAAAGCCUCCGUCCUCAGACUGUCAGGAUGAUGAUGAUGAUGCCCCUCUGACCUCUAGAUGCUCAGCCUUGUCUAACACUUUCUAAAACACGUUUUUUCUUCUGCCCUGCACAUCAAACACUUGUAUUUAUGUUUAUAUUAAGAGCCACUGGAAAACUGCUUAAAUUUCUGCCACUUCCACACAUUUAACUGUUUGUAACGACACGACCGAUGCACAUACUCUGCAUGAAGGCUUCUUGGAAAUGCACAGAUCGCGUGGCUGAAUUUCCCAGUUACACCUCUUUACAUUCUUUCAUGACAUCCAGUUUUUGUGAUUUACUGUUCACCCAUAUUGUUUCUGAGAAAACCUCGCCUCUCGAAGCCAUCUUGUUCGUUUUCAAACACAAACAUUGCGAAACGGCUCGUCUACCAAAGCGAGCAGUCGUCUCGAUGCCCCUCGUUUGCCUUAUCGCAUCCUCUGAGCAGUUAGAAAAAGAUGCUUCAAGAACUGAAACCGUUGAGACAGACUCCCUUUUCUCAGACACACGCACACGAAGGGGAAGAAUGAGUCAAUAUAGAGAGGGGAAACCUGAUCUAACUGUUCUCUUCCUCUGUCUUCUUGGUUUCCUGACAUAACCGUCAUCUUCCUUACAUUUUCAAGGUCUGACAGCUGGACCGACUUCCCCACACGCUAUCUCAAGAAAUUUCGACACUCAUUCUUGUAUUCAUGCGUCUUUUCUACGUUUCAUUCAUUAACUCUGCACAAUGAGUCACAAAACCAAAGCAGACAGAGUCACACCAGGGUUUUGGUCGUUUCAGGGUCCUUCAGAGGAGGCUGAGGAGGGUCCGUCACAGCUUGAGCCCUCGUCAUCUCAGGUUGCAGAGCAGGAGGAAGGGGAGUAG